AUGGAGAGACUUCCAGAGGAAAUCAUCAUAAUUAUUGCUUCUCUCCUCCCACCCAUUGGCCUCGCACCCUUCGCCACGUUGUCACGGCCGUGGCAGCGAGCCAUCGAGAGACGCACAUUUUUUCGAUUAUACAUUGAAAGCACGGAUGAAGACCUAGGAGUCUUUUCGCGCAUUGUCUGGCCUAAUGAUAUGCGUCGCAGGUUCCUGCAGGACCUCAUAUUCACUGCCAUCAUAGACUCCGACGAAAAGACAGUGAAACCUUCGCAGCAGUUGCAGCGCUUUAGCGAGUCCCUAACAUGGCAUUGGCGGCAGCUCUUUUGCAUUCUAGCAGAGGACGAUGAUAAGACGGGAAUGACUUUGCAGCUGGGUUAUAUCGAGAGUAUACGCGACGACCGAGGCAACAAGAGGCCUAAGUACCUCCGCUCACGACUUGUGUUAAUCGGCAAUGGCGAAAACUUCCCUAUAGUGAAGUGUGUGUCGAACCUAGAGUUUUGCAUAGACACCUCGGCGGGACGAGUAGCGCUGCGCACCGCCGUCAACCUCAUCAAACGGUUGCCAUGUCUAAGGCGCAUCAAUAUUAUGGCGGAAGAUGAGGAAGAGUGCAUAAACAAUAGGAAGAUGGAAGAGGUACAUUUGGAGGAUCGGCAUAGCUUAGCCAAUGCUCUAGUUAAUGCUAACUUCCUCCCUAACACUGGGUGCCGAGAAGUGUCUCUAUCACUAGAGCAGCAUGACCCAAUUAUGUUUGAAUUACAGCCUUCAUGGGUCGCCCCUAACAUCACGAACUCGCUAUCAUACGACCCCCUCGGAGCAGCUAUGCGUAUGUGGUCGCAUAAUCUCGUCUCCCUCAAAAUAAGCGGCGUCUUCGACAGCUCACUUUUCUGGCCGAGCGAAAACGAGCAGCCAGGGAUAGCUGUCUCAUCCUGGCCUCACCUAAGAGAAUUCCAUGCCACCCUAGGAAUGACGACACCGACCGGAGACUGGUACUUCCAGAGCGAACCUGAUUUACCAAACAGGCGGAACAUACCCUGCGAAGACACGAUGCAGCCCUUGUUCGCGGCUUGGGCCAAGGCGCUCGGAUGUAUGCCUGUUCUAGAGCAAGCUGCUAUCCAUUUCCGCGUGAACCGGACCGCAGAGAAAUUUGCUAUGCAUGAUGACCCUUGGUCAGUCAUCUUUCAGGCACCUGAUACUAACACUAACCCCAUACUACACAAUUGGAUAACGAGCCUAGAACCGUAUUUACAAAACUCAAGGUUCAUCUUCCAGAAUACUAGGGGCUGGCGGCCUGAGGAACCAACCAUGAGAAAGCUGCGGCAGUUGUUUCACGAUAAAUAUCUGGGCAGGGCGAUGACCGAACUGGAGCUCGACAGUAAAGAUGAUAGCACGAUCUUAGAUGACCUCUCCUUCACAUGCCAUGUAUGUACUCACAUAGACCCGUAG